UGACAUCCGGUCGCGGUGCGUCAGGAUGGAAGUGUGCUGCUAACGGUGCCUUCAGAUCGCACGGGUCUCGCCAUUUUCCCUCGAGUCGUGUAAACUAUUCUCCCGCUCUCACGUUACUCGUCCACGUCGCGUGGGCUUGGUUGGGCGUCGACCGCGAGUGCGCCGCGUCGACGAGGAACGCGUGUACGUAGAGUGGAAUAGUAGCAGAAACGUCACGCCGGGCAAUCGGCGUCGUCUUCGGCUGUAAUGAAUCAGCCGCGGAAUUUUACGUCGCUGCUGAAUCCGAGCUAUCUGCAGAAUGCUCAGCAGCAGCAAAACACGGCGGGGACGAACUCGGCGGCUGUGGCUGCAGCCGCAGCCGCGGCCGCCGUCUCCGCCGCGAUAGCGAACGGCACACAGGCCAACGCUAACUCAUCCAGCAUCGCGAACCGCAAACGAGAGACGGAGGGAGAUUGUAAACAGGAGAAAGAAACAAAAGAUGGAGAACGUAAGAAGAGGAAAAAGACUAGAUGGGGUGGUAGCGAACAUGACAAAACAUUUAUACCAGGGAUGCCUACAGUACUACCGACAAAUCUGACUCCUGAACAGGAGAAAGCUUAUCUCUUUCAGCUGCAGAUUGAGGAAAUCAGCAGGAAACUACGCACUGGAGACCUUGGAAUCCCACUUAAUCCCGAGGAAAGAUCUCCAUCUCCAGAACCUAUUUACAGUAGUGAUGGUAAACGGUUGAACACGAGAGAAUAUCGCACAAGACGUAAAUUGGAAGAAGAACGUCAUAAUUUAAUUCAGAAGAUUCUUAAAAUUAAUCCAGAGUUUAAACCACCACCAGAUUAUAAGCCACCAAUAAUACGAGUUCAUGAUAAAGUGAUGAUUCCUCAGGAAGAGCAUCCCGAUAUAAAUUUUGUUGGAUUACUUAUUGGACCACGUGGAAAUACGCUGAAAUCUAUGGAAAAAGAAACAGGCGCAAAAAUCAUAAUUCGUGGGAAAGGAUCUGUAAAGGAAGGAAAAGUUGGUAGGAAAGAUGGACAACCUUUACCAGGCGAGGAUGAACCUUUGCAUGCGUAUAUUACUGCAAACAAUUUAGAUGCUGUAAAAAAGGCUGUGGAAAGAAUCCACGAGAUUAUUCGACAAGGUGUCGAGGUGCCAGAGGGCCAAAAUGAUUUACGACGUAAUCAAUUACGCGAACUGGCUUUAUUAAAUGGAACUUUACGUGAGAAUGAUGGACCUCGUUGUACUAAUUGUGGAGCUUCAGACCAUAAAUCUUGGCUGUGUCCGGAUAAGCCAAAUGUAACGAAUAACAUAGUAUGUUCGAGUUGCGGUGGUGCGGGGCACAUUGCUCGAGAUUGUAGAUCGAAAAGACCAGGUCAGGGUGGUCCAGCUGCCGCCGGAAUGGGAGGAAUGAGUCAAGCCGGAGAUAAAGCCAAGAUAGAUGAGGAAUACAUGUCGUUAAUGGCAGAAUUAGGAGAAGGCCCACCACCGGACAGAUCAAAGACAGGUCAAGCCAGGCAGACUCCCAACCCCAAUUAUCCUGGACUCUUUGAUAGACAACAACCACCUCGCGCGCUAAUGGCUGCCCCGGCUCAUCCGCCGCCGCAGAUGAUGCAAGGUGGCCCGAUGAUGCCGCCGCCAGGCAUGGCGCCACCACCACCAUGGAGUCAAGGUGGCGAAGGAAUGAAUAGUAUGAACAUGCAGUGGCAGCCGCCGGUGAGCAUGCCGCCACCACCAGGUGUGAUGCAACCGCCGCCGCCGCCACCCGGUUCUACUACGCAGCCCAACAUUCCACCGCUGAUGCCGUGGAUGGCCGGCAACAAUCAGCCGCCGCCGCCGGGCCAGAUGCCGCCCACGCAGAUUCCGCCACCCGGGAUGGGAAUACCGCCAUGGCAGCAAGGUCAACAGGGACCGAUGCGGCCGCCACCACCAGGUACGGCGCCGCCCCCGGGAUUCCCUGGAGGCUGGCAGCCGCAACAGAUGGGUGGCUGGCCGCCAGCUGCUCCAGUUCCACCCCCGCCUCAACAACAGACUCCAGCACCGCCUGGAAUUGAUUUGAACACGCUGCCGACGUUGCUGGCGCAGCCGCCGCCGCCACCUCCGCCCACCAGUUAGUCUUAAUCGUGUAAGAAUGAAUGACUUCCGAUUCUGUUGUACAUGAGAUAAUAACGAUCACGAUUGGACGAAAGUUUAGAAAUGGAAGUCUGAAAAAGGUACUGUGUCCAAAUAUCAUAGUAUCAUAAAAAAGAGAUGAAUAACGCACGAAAUUAGGAACAGAUAAUGAAAUUUAUAUUGCAAUUAUAUUCUUUGAUUUGAAUCAUCAGUUUUGAAUUUAUUCUUUUAAAUGAUGUUCAAAAUCCUGACGAUUAUUUAAAAAAAAGAGAAAGAAAGGAAAGUUCUGUGAAUUAUAUACUUUGAACAAGUAGACAAACAUAUACCAAGAAAGCCGUAUAUGCAAAUUAUGCAACAUUUAGUUUUAACUAGGUACCAAUUUUAACUUGUUGCAUGUAAGGAAUUCUAUAAAUAAAUAUUAAACGCACGCGGAAUUCUCUCAUAAAAGCACAAUUGUAGUCGAUUUUACUUUUUUCUUUCU